AUGCGAGAGAAUAGCGAUAGCGACAAUGACUGUAAUACUGUUGAAAAGAGAUGUUCAAAUUUCUUGAAUAGUGAUUCUGUAGAAGAAACUAAUUUGUAUAAAACAUUAAACAAAAAUUCUAGUCCUGAUAAUAAAUAUUAUUCAAAAUCACCUGAAACAGACUUACAGAUUACAGAGCAUUAUAAUUCAAAAAAUAGAAAUGUAAGAAGAGUAAUAGAUAGUGAAUCUGAAGAAGACAUCCAGACAAGCGAGAGUUAUGAUUUUUCUCAAAGAAUUCGUCAUGUUACAUGUACUACUGCUAAAAGCUAUCGGGAUUUAAUUGAUUCUGAAUCAGAAGAAGAAAAGCAAAAUAAAGAAACAGAUUCUGAAAAAGAUACACAAACAAGCAAGAGUAAUAACUUACUUCAGACAGUUCUUACUACAAAUAUUACUAGUGAAAAUCAAGUUUUAGUAGAUUCUGAAUCAAAGGAAGAAAAGGAAAAUAAAAAGACAGAAGACAACACUUAUAUCAUAUUUAAUGAAGAACCUGAAAAUAAAGAUGCUAAAAAAAAAUCUCUUAAAAAGAGAAAGGGUUCGAUAAGAGCUUCCAAAGAUGAGGCAAUGCGUCAGAUACAUAGCGAAAGUCAACGUUUAUUAAGAGAAACAGAAAUUUCUUUACCAUAUCAUAGACCAAAACAGCGUACAUUACAAGAAUUUAUGAACAGAAAAAGAAUAUCAGCUGCUCUUCCGAAAGCACCUUCAACGGCUGCAAAACUUAGGAUGUCGUCUGCUAUAGUAAGUCAGGUGCUUGCAGAAAAGGAAAAGGAAGCAGAACUCUUUUACAAAUCUUCAGAUUCAGAAGAUGAUGUACAAUCUAUGCCUUUAGUUAAUAAAGAUAUAAAAAAAUCUUUCAUUACAAAUGAAAGAGAGAUGCCAUCAAUAUAUAUUGAUGAUCAUAUACGUAUUCAAAAUCUUAAAACGUUUGAAACAAACAAUCGAGAUUCUCAAGAUAACCAACAAGAAAUUGUACAGAAAAAUUUUGUAGAUCUUAAUGGGAGUAAAGUGUUACUUCAAAAUGAUUUGUGUAAAGUAAAUCAUCGAGCUAUAGAGUUAGCUUCCUUAGUAGAUAAUAACUGUAAUCCAGACAAUGAAUCUGAUACGUUACUACUACAGAUAACAAAUGAAUAUGAUAAAAAUCUUCCAAAAAUUAGUUUACCAAGAAAAUCGGUUGACAUCCAUGUUGAGAAUAAUUCAACUUCUGAAAUAUAUUUCGAUGAACAAGACAUAAUAAAAGAAACAGCUAUCUUUUUAAAUAAGGAAAAAUGCAUUAAUGACGACAAUUAUUUAAAAAUUGCUAGGACAGAGAAUCAAAUAUUAAAAGUGUAUGAAGAUAAUUCCGAUGUAAUUGACAGAAGAAAUAAAAAUUUGGUUACAGAACCACUGAAAAUGGAAACAGCUUCUAAUAAUAUAAAUAAUAAGGAAGUAACUGAAAUAAUUCAAAGUGAUAAUGAUAUAAAAAAUAAUACGUGUUCAAAUUCUGAUGAGUGUAUUAUACAGAAUAGAAAUAAUGAUCAAUAUUCUAAAAUAAAUGAUGUAUCAUCUCUUAUAAUUAAUGAUACUCAAUCAAAAAUUCAAUAUAAUCUUUCAACAGAUGAAUGUGAAAAGAUUGAUGGUAAACAAAGUUUACCUCUUUCAAAAUCUGCAGACGAGACUUUGGCGAACAGAAAAAGGUUGUCAACAUUAGUAUCCAAUUCGAAAGUUACAUUAAAAGGAUCACCAGGUAUGAUUAUUAAUUUAACAGACGAUGCAAAACCAAAUAUAAAAGGUGUAAAUACCUUAAUAGACAGAUUUUUCUGUAAACAUGUUAAUUCAAAAAAACAAAGUGAUGAUAAUUCCGAAGUAUCUGUAGUACAUUUACAAAACACGCAGAAUGGUCUUCUUCCAAUUAAAGAAAUACUUCCGUACAAGAUACCUGUUAACAUCGAUAAUCCUGAAUUGAAUAAGCCUGGAGCCAAAUUAAUGCGUUUGAAGGAAGAUCUGAAAUUACAAAUGAUUUUAAAGCGUAACAAUAAAUGGAAACAGAAAGAAACAGAGCUGCAAACGGAGGAAGAAGAAUGGAAUAGAGAGGAAAAAAGUGAUUAUGAAUUAGACGAACAAGAACAAGCUGAACUGCAUUUUGAAUUAAGUGAUAGUGAAGAAAGUGAAUUAGAAGAGAAUGACGUCUGCAUUAAAGAUAAGAAAAAGCGUAAAUGCCUAUUCGCAGAUGACGAAGCUGAAGUUACAACCAAUGAAGAUUCAAGUACAGAAGAGAUCGACGACGAUGUAAACGAAAAAAAAAUAGAAACUGAUCAAGAAGAAGAUGAUGGUGAUGAUGAUGAUGAUGAUGAUGAUGAUGAUGAUGAUGAUGAUGAUAAUGAUGGAGAUAAAUAUGAAAAAAAAGGAAAAGAAAAUGAAGAAAGUUUAGAUACAAAUACAGAGAAUGGAAAUGAAUCUGAUUUUGAAGAUGUUGAUAAUGUUGAUACUUGUGAAAGCUUUAGCAUUACUAAAAAUGAUAGAAAAACGAGAGAGUUAAUAGAAGAGUUUCAAAACGAUUCAAACGUUACAAAUCCGAGCUAUUUACAAAAUGAUAGCAGUCGAUUAAGUAUACCAACAAACAUAAAUGCAUCUAAAAUACAUUGCGAUGAUAUUGAUUGGAUAAGUGAAAAUGAAAGCAGUAUGCCUGGUUGUCAACAAUAUAUAAAAGGUGCUACAAGAAGCCAGAUAUGUAAGACACCUUUGACGACAACAAGUAUGUUGGAUUUGGUUUCUCCUAUAACGCAAUUAAGCGUAUUGAAUACCACCUUAGAAAAUGAAAAAGAUUUAUCGCCAAAAAAAGGAGGUUUACUUGAUAAACAUGAGUUCCUUUCUAUGAAAGAUACACAGAAUGAUGAAUCUUCUGAACAUACAUGUAAUGUAAAAAGUAAAUCUGUUUUAAAAAAAAAACUGUUUGAUGAUAUUGGAGAAACUGUUGAUGAUGAAUAUCUUAUGCAAUUAUGUUCUGGUAAAUUUGAAUCUCCGCAAAAAACUGAUAUGAAUUUAUUUUUGCAAUCUAAUACCACUGAAUUGCAGUUACGUUCAAAUGAAUCCGAAUGUUCUAAAAAUUUUAACGCAAAAUUAGUUGCUGCUAAAUCAAAAAAUUCAAAAGAUGAAAUGCUUCAAAAUAUAAAAUUGACGUUAGAUGAAGAUUCCAAUAAUUCUGUAAAUCAUGCAAAGAAAAUAAAUGAAGUUAGAGCAAUGGAUUUAAAAUUAAAAUUAAGAGUUAUGUCUUCAGAUGACGAGGAUGAUGAUACAUUUUUAAAACCCAAAAAACGUUUAGCCAAAAUAUUGGAUUUGUCUGAUUCGGAAGAAGAAAAUUCUCAGUUUUUGGAUGAAGAGGAUGAUAUAAAUAAUGAAGAGGCAGAGGAACAAUAUGUUGAUUACGAUUCUGAGGAAAAUGAAAUGAUAAUUGUAUCAGAUAAGGAUAUGAAAAAAGUUGCAGCUGGUUUUGUGGAAGAAGAAGCAGAGUUAAGUGAAAGCGAUUGGGAUUCUGCUGAUGAAGACGAGAAGAAUAUGGAUAAAUUAGAAUUUGAAGAAGCUGAUGAUGAACACAUAGAUGAACACGAAGUGAAAGAUCAAUUGGAAAAAAUCCAUAUAAAACAAAUAUUGGAUGAAGAUAAAAGAGAAGUGAGAUUGCUUAAAGAAUUAUUAUUUGAGGAUGGCGAUUUACAUACUGAUGGAAUGGGACGUGAGCGGAAAUUCAAAUGGAAAAAUAUAGAUAAGUUAGGAAAUAAUAUUGAGCUACCACAAACAUCUGAUGAAAACGAAGGUUGGGUGGAUGUGCAAGAAGAUGAGGAAGAAGCAAAGUGGAGUAAACUUAGAAAUGAAAGAGACAAAUUUCUUGAGGAAAGAAUGAAAUGCUCAAAUAAUAAAAUUGAAGAUGAAUUAUGUCACAGUAAAAUCUUUAAACUUGGACUGGAAGCUGUUAAGAAGAUCAAAGAUAAUGAGUCACAAAGACGAGAUGAUUCUUCUCUUGAUAAGCUAAAUUCUUUGGAGGAAAUAGAACCAAUUAUACCACGGAAUAUAACAGAUCUUUUGAAUGGACCAAAUAUUGGAAAGAAAUCUCACGCGAUACAUAAUGCUGUAAAAAGACGUUCGCUCUUAACUCGAGGAGAAGACUUGUUAUCAAGGAUAGCAUCAUUAGCAAAACAAGGUGACUCUGUCUCUCAUGCAGUAAAUGUAAAGAAUUUUAUCUUUCCGCAUAUUGAUCAAGACACGAAUAAUACAUUUAAAAAAGAGACCGAAACAGCAGAUUUGGAUUUACAAAUUAAGGUAUAUAAUUUUAUUAUAUAA